AUGAGUGGCAGAGAUAAUCGUGGCAGUGGGCAUCAGCCCUUGGGAAAUGCCAUGGGCAAAAUAAAGGAUCGAUUAUCCAGGGAGGAUCAACCCUAUCAGCGUGUCGAUUUGGAUGAAGCCACUUUGUCAACAUCAAACACCGCUACAAGUCUUGAUACGAUUCUACCCGAGGAUCCUUUUCUAUUUCCCGCACACAACAGACCAACAGUCCACACUACACUACAACAACAACAGCGUCAACGUUUUGAGACUGAAAUUCCCCUACAGUUUGGUCCCAUCAUCGAGGCAGAUGACAUCAAUGAACCUCCUCUGCCCAUCAAUCCGAAGGUGAAAAAUACUCAAGAACCAUUACCAUUGCCGCUACCACCACCACCCUCAUCACAUUCGCAUCGUGAUAAACACACACGCAGUGUGGUGUCCACAGAAGAUUUACAACGUAGUAAAUCGUCAUUGAAAGGUUCACGGGUGUCUUUCGAGAAGCGGGGCGGCGAGGAGAGCAGUGAUGACGAUAGCUUCGAGGAGCGUCGUACAGGAUUUCAACAACAAAAGGCUGUGAGUAGUGUCGAUCACAGGGGUAUACUUAAGGAUUUGAAGACGAUUUUGGCCAACGACAACAAUCGUCGCGAGUUUCAAUCAAAAAAACAUGUAUCACUCGAUUUGAAGGGAACCCGAUAUCUAAAAGAUCUACUCAAAGAGUCCUCAUCGGAGGAGGAAUUUCGUAAAAAUCGUCGUGAAUUCCAAGGACGCAAACAUCAAAGUUUAGAUCCAAGGGUUUCGUUUAAAUUGGAAAAAGUAUUACAAGGAUCCAGUACAGACACCGACGAAGAGAACGAUGAUGUGGAACACAAACGUUUGAUAUAUCGUCCCAAGGAUAUAACAAAGCCAGUGGUUAUCGAUUUGAAAGAUUUGGAAAGUGAAAGUGAAGAAGAUUACGUGUCGUCGAGGCAACAUUUUCAACAGCAACGUUCCAUUAGUACAGAUUCAAGGAAAAGUAUACGUUUCUAUGAAAUGGAUGAAAUGGGCCGUAAAAAGGGCGAAAAUUUACGCCAAUCAGUACCAUUUGUUAGACAAAUCACCGAAGAUGGUAAACCCAAAUUGGAAGUUUAUCGACCAACAACAAAUCCGAUUUUUAUUUGGACUCAGGUGUUGGCUGCCUUUAGUGUUUCACUUGGCUCAUUAGUUGUGGGCUUUUCAUCGGCUUACACUUCACCCGCCUUGGUUUCUAUGACUGAUCGUAAUAUUACCUCAUUUGAAGUAACACCACAAACGGCUUCCUGGGUUGGUGGCCUAAUGCCCUUAGCCGGUCUUGCUGGUGGUAUUUGUGGUGGACCGUUCAUUGAAUAUUUGGGACGACGUAAUACAAUUCUCGCCAUUGCUGUACCCUUUAUAAUAUCAUGGCUUUUGAUUGCUUGUGCCAUAAAUGUUGCCAUGGUCUUGGCGGGCCGUGCUUUAGCUGGUUUCUGUGUCGGUAUAGCAUCUCUAUCUCUGCCAGUCUAUUUGGGUGAAACUAUUCAACCAGAAGUACGUGGCACAUUGGGUCUGUUGCCAACGGCAUUUGGUAAUAUUGGUAUACUGUUAUGUUUUGUGGCUGGUACUUAUAUGGAUUGGUCAAUGUUGGCGUUCCUUGGUGGAGCAUUACCAGUACCAUUUUUAAUAUUAAUGUUUGUCAUACCCGAAACACCACGUUGGUAUGUUUCACGUAAUCGCGAGGAAAGGGCACGCAAAGCGUUGGUAUGGUUGCGUGGCAAGGAAGCUGAUGUUGAGCCAGAAUUGAAGGGUUUAUUGCGUUCUCAAGCCGAUGAUGAACGUCAGGCUAGACAGAAUCAAUUGAUGGAGCUGUUGAAACGCAACAAUUUGAAACCAUUGGCAAUAUCAUUGGGUCUGAUGUUCUUCCAACAGUUCAGUGGUAUCAAUGCGGUCAUCUUUUAUACGGUGCAAAUUUUCAAGGAUGCUGGUUCAACUAUUGAUGGUAACAUUUGUACCAUUAUUGUGGGUAUUGUGAAUUUUGCCGCCACCUUCAUUGGCAUUGUGUUGAUUGAUCGUUUGGGCAGGAAGAUCCUAUUGUAUAUUUCUUCGGUGGCCAUGACCAUUACUCUAUUCGUUUUGGGUGGUUUCUUUUAUUGCAAAGCCACUGAAAUGGAUGUAUCAAAUGUGGGUUGGUUGCCAUUGGCCAGUUUUGUGGUAUAUGUGUUGGGCUUUUCAUUGGGCUUUGGACCCAUACCAUGGUUGAUGAUGGGUGAAAUUUUACCAGCCAAAAUUCGUGGCUCAGCAGCUUCAGUUGCCACUGCAUUUAACUGGACGUGUACAUUUAUUGUUACCAAAACUUUCCCCGAUAUGAUUGAAUCCAUUGGUGGCCAUGGUGCAUUUUGGCUCUUUGGUGUCGUUUGUGUAAUUGCCUUAUUCUUUGUUAUCGUCUAUGUGCCAGAAACACAAGGCAAGACCCUGGAAGAUAUUGAACGUAAAAUGAUGGGACGUGUCAGACGUAUGUCAUCGGUGGCCAAUAUCAAACCAUUGUCUUUCAACAUGUAAACCAACUGAAUAAUGUGAUGCAAACGAAUAUCAAUAACAAAUGCAAACAAAAAUUAGAAUAAAAAAUCCUCAUGAUGUAUAGUAGAAUAAGCCAUAAUUGUCGCUGCACCAU